AUGAGAGGGAGGGGGAGACAACUGGAGACAGGCACUGCUGGUGCUGCUCACCAAGGUGACGCAGGUGCUGCUGAUACUGCUGCCACCCAGUGCUGGAGCUGCACCAGUGCAAGCGGCGAGCGCAUCAGGGAGAGCUGCUGCAGGCCCGGUGCUGCAGGGCUCCAGAUGCUGCAGGGCGUCAGGGGGAGCUGCUGCAAGCGACUAGGUGAUGCUGUUGCCACCAUUCAGGUGGUGCCGCUGGCAGACGUUUACUGCAGCAGCCGCCAGGUACAGAAGCAGCCGCCAGGUGCAGAAGCAGCCGCCAGGUGCAGAAGCAGCCGCCAGGUGCAGAAGCAGCCGCCAGGUACAGGAGCGGCCGCCAGGUGCAGAAGCAGCCGCCAGGUGCAGAAGCAGCCGCCAGGUGCAGAAGCAGCCGCCAGGUACAGGAGCGGCCGCCAGCCGCGGGUAGUUAGGGUUAUGCAGCAGCCGUGCGCCGCCAGGAGCAGCUGCAGCGCGCCGCCAGGAGCAGCUGCCGUGCGCCGCCAGGAGCAGCUGCCGUGCGCCGCCAGGAGCAGCUGUCGUGCGUCGCUCACUGCAGCUGUCGCUGCAGCUGCCGUGCGUCUGCCGUCCGCAGCCUCUGGUGGUGGGUGUACGCUGCUGCUGCAGCUUGACUGCCAUCGCCGUCAGCUGCCGCCGACGUUGUCAGUUGCUGCUGCCACGGUGCACGUGCAACUGCGGAUCCGCGACCGCGUGCCAGGAGAAGCAGCUGCACGCACGUUAAAGCGGCAGCGCGCCAGUCACAGCAAAAACGCAUCAGCCGCGGCCGUCACACACUGUUGUCGCCGCACAACUGCGAAACGCACAAGAGCUAGACGCUGCUAG